GCUUACUUAUCUGUGUGUUUGUUUGGGAAGAUUUGGAAUAGCUUAAACCAUUUUAAGGAACUGCAUAAUAAUUUCCCAGCAGCAUUGUGGCAGCAGUGGCUGAUAUUAGUGUGGCUUGCUUCUUGUAAUGUCUCAGAGAGAUAAUUGCUUAUUUGCGAGGUGUAAGCUCAGUGGCCAGUCUGCCUCUCGCCUCCCCCUUCUCUAAUGAGCGCGUUGUAGAAAUGCAGAGGCACAGAAGAGCUGCAGCAGAUCGGACACACACACAAACACACACAUACACACACAUACACGCACACACACACUCACACACACACACUCUCACACUUCAGCCUCAUCACACAGCACACACACACACACUGCUAGACCAAGAGCUGUGGAGCAUCCUGACAUCUCUCUGACCAUGGAAGAUAGUUUAAUGCCGCGCGCUUUAUGCACCAACGACAGCAAAUUUCUCCACCAUCAUGUCCCUGAUUUCUUCACCAGUGUCCAGGUUACACAGGACAUACCAGCCGGGGUGUCUUUCGGCCCUUGUGUGCUUCAUAAUACUUUUUAUGACACAAUAGCGUUCAUCGCCUUGAAGUCGUUUGACAGAGGAAGGAAAUCCUACGUGUUCAGGGUAGAUCCGGACGCAUUAAAGAGUUCUCCGUUAGUGGUUCCUUGGCUCAGGUUGGUGCAGGCUGCUAUGGACGCAGAAGAGCAGAACACAGAGGCCUAUCUGAAAGGCGGCCAGCUGUAUUUCCGCACUAUCCGAGACAUUAGCCAAGGGGAGGAACUGCUCGUCUGGUACGACGAGGAGCUGUCUCAUCUUUUGGGCUUUAGCGACAUUAAAGCCAGGGCCCUGACAGUUGGUUACUCGUGUGGGAAGUGCGGACAGGAGUUCAAGCACGAAAACCCUUUCCUAGCUCACUGUCGCUUUCUGUGCGCUCAAGUAAAAGCGGACGCGUGGCGAGGAGACGGCGAAACGCGGCGACAGCGCAGUGUCACGGACUUCCACAACAUCGCAAGGGACAUGGAACAUAAAAAGUCUUCAGAGGACCGGAAAAGGAGGCACGACGAAGCUUUGAGCCCGAGAUGCAGAAAACCUGUUUUGCUGGAGAAAAAGAACAUGGCCAACCAUAAUAACAUGACACACGUGCACAGAGAAUAUCCACAUGACCAGGAUUUUAUGGCACCAACCAUGAAAGUCUCCAGUUCACCAAGUUCGAAGUUAAAAAGCGCCAAAAGCAGUGCGUUUGCGGAGAUCAAGAAAGCGAAAUCGGACCAGCCAUCCAGGGCAGAGGAUAUAACAAGGGAAAAUCCAUCCGUUUCGACUUUACAGUUGGACAGGAAGGCUGGUUUGGGCCUUCAGUCCGACUCCAGUGCCUUUUUGCUCUGGAGUGCGCAUGCGGAGCAAAAGAGCGCUUUCUGCAAGCCCAGUAAACUCAGCAUCACUGAGGACCAGCAGCAUCAGAGACCCGUGGGACCUUCGGAUCAGGUUUCAGAACACGCAGCUCUGGGAUACAGAAAUAUGUUGGCCUCUCAUUUGUUUCAAGGCGACCUGUCUAGCACACAAACAGUCUCGCCGACAGCUCCCCUGAGCGCUGCGGGUUCCUUCCAUUACGCACCGGAAGUGUGGUGCAGGAACAUCAGCGGGCCUUUACAGCCGACCUCUUCUCUCACUCUUCUUCCUCCUACUCUCAGCUCUCUGGGCGUCACGGUGCAGAACUGGUGCGCUAAGUGCAACCUCUCAUUCCGGAUGACUUCGGACUUAGUGUUUCACAUGCGCUCGCACCACAAGAAAGAGUUCGCCGCCGAGGCUCAGGGUCGGAGGAGAAGAGAGGAGAAGCUCACCUGCCCCAUCUGUCAUGAGUACUUCCGCGAACGUCAUCAUCUCUCGCGUCACAUGACAUCACAUAACUGAACGAUGGAUUAAAAAAGUGUUUUUGGGGACUGUUUUAGGCUCGUCUGGUGCAUCAGGCCACGCGUAUAUUAUAGCCUAGAGAAAUGGUAGAGAGACAUGACUCAAGUAGCUAUCCCUGAAUGUUAACAGGCCAAAUAACACAAUGAGACCUAAAUACAGCAAUGUCAAAUUUGAAGCAGAACAUAUUCUAACAUAAGCAGAACUAAGAUCAAAAUAGCCCAUGGUAACAUUUUCAUAUACUAUUUGGGUCCUUUAUUAACACGAUGUGAUAAUUAAUUAAUUAAUUCUAUAGGAUACAGAUUUAAAAUCAGCAAUUUGACUAAUUUGAUCAUUUACUGAGGUGUUAUUUUCACACCUGUGGUAAAAAUUCUGCAUGUGCUCUAUAUUUACUCAGAAGACCAAUACUGAACUUUCUGUAUGUGUCAUGAAUCUCCACAAGAUGGCCACAGAACUCCGCAAAAGAAUUUCCAAUUCGCAUUAUCAUGACCUUAGUUUUCCAUCUAUCUUUCUCUCCACUCUGUCUGGGUUAAUGAAAAGGGAAAUUGAACCAUACAGUACUAAUUUUACAAUAAGGCUAUGAUUAAUAUUGAGUUACAACUGAUAGUGCCUUAUAAGUCUCAGGUUUGAAACUAUAGAGCUAUGUCUAGUCAUUUCACUAACUUUGCUAGCAAACUGACUAAUCCCAGAGUAGGGUUUACUUAGUUGUUUUUUGUUUGUUUUGUUUUAUUUUUAGUUGUUACACUAUAGUCGAAGUAAUAAUUUUUUCCUGAUGUAUGGUACAGGCAUGUUCAGUGACACCUUCAUCAUAAGGCCUAUAAAGUCACUUUUGUCACCAUAAAGGACAAAAAUAUGUAGCCUAAUUAUUUGCCAAGGGCUUUUUCUUUGGAAAUUGGUAUAUAUAAGUCCAGUAUAAGUCCUACUUUAAAGACUGCAACACGUGUGAGUUUGGCUUUUGUUCUUAAUUGUGACUGUAGUCACUCAGAACAUAUUGGUUUAAGGAUUAUAAGAUAUUUUAAAUGAAUUGUUGAAAAUAUCUGUCCAAGUAAUGAAGCUAGAUUAUUGCAUAUGGAUAGAUGUUAAAUUAGCACACAUAAUGCAUAUUAAUAGUUAU